AUGAGCCUCGACCACACGCACUCGCACGACGACGCCUCCUCGUCCGGCCUGCCCUCGGACGCCCUCUCCCGCCCCUCCCUCUCGCUUUCUAGCUCUACUUCCACAUCCCCGCCCCCAGACGACAAACGCUCCUCGUACACAGGCUCCGCAUCGCUCUCGCACCACACCUCCGCCACACUCUACCCCCCGCCCUCCAACAACGGCCACGCCCACGGCCCCUCGCCCGCGGCCCUCGCCGCCGGCGCAGACUACAUCUCCCUCACCGAACCCCCCAGCGACCCGCCGCUCGUCGACGCGUCCUUCGACGAGGACGUCCUGCGCAACCUCUGCGCGCUCGACUGCAGCGUCCCGCUCAUGACCGACCGCCUCAAGCAGGAUCUGGCCGCGACAAAGGAAGUCGCCGGCUUCCUGAAGCGGCGCGCGGCGGUCGAAGACGAGUACGGGCGCAAGCUGCUCAAGACCGCGCGCUCCACGGCCGAGUCGUACUCCCUAAGCGACGGCAAGGCGGGCUCGUUCGUAGCUGCAUGGAGCCAGUGCCUGCGGAUCCACGAGCGGAUGGGCGAGAACCGCGUGCGCUACGCAUCGCGCUUACGCGAGAUGGCGGACGACCUGGGCAAGCUGAGCGCAGAGACGGAGCGCGCGCGGCAGACGCACAAGGACGCGGCCGAGAGCGCCGAGGCGGACUUGCGGGCGAGCGAGGGCGGGACGGAGAAGGCCAAGGCGCGGCUCGACGCGAGCGCCGACGAGCUCGAGCGCCUGUUGCUCGCCAAAGAGGGCGAGAGCGCGAAGGAGGGCGUGCAGUUCCGACCGCCCGGCGCCGGGUCGGGCAAGCGCGCGCUGGGGAAGGCCACGGCGCUGCUCAAGGGCCGCGGGCCGGCGGCCAUCGCGCGGCAGGAGGACGACGUGCGCGCGCGGCUGAACGCGAACGGCGUGGCGUACAACAAGGCGAUGGAGGACACCCAGAAACGACGGCAGGAGUACUUCGGCUUCCACCUCCCGCGCACACUCAGGGCGCUCAAAGAGGCGAGCGACGAGAUCGACCUCGGCACGCAGUAUCAUCUCCAGCGAUACGCCUUUCUCACUGAAUCUAUUGUACUUGCCGACGGACAGAUUCUCGCGCCUACUGAGCGCGAGAAGGAGAAAGAGAAGGAGAAUGGGGUGGAGGAUCAGGGGCCCGGGCUGCAGACGGCGCUCGCGGCGCUGGAUUACAGGGCGGACUUUAAGGUGUAUAUGCAGAAUUAUGCGUAUGCGCAUGGGGGGAGCACGAGGGGCCCGCGCAGGACGGGUCCGGAGCACGAGGGUUUCCUCUCGCGCGACAACACCGAGAUCCCGCCCAUCCUCCUCAAGCUAACAACUUUCAUCGAAAAGUACGGCCUGCGCUCGCAGGGCAUUUAUAGGUUAAGCGGUACAAUGAGCAAGAUCAACAAGCUGAAGGGGCUAUUGGACGAGGGAUUGGAUAAGGUCGAUCUGGAUAAGGACGAGUGGCGCGGCGACGUCAAUAACGUCGCGAGCGCGCUGAAGGCGUGGUUCAGGGAGCUGCCGGAGGGCGUUAUGACGGAUGGGCUCAGGCAGGGGUUCUUGGAUGCCGCCGCGAUCGAGAACGACAGGCUGCGGCAUAUCCGGCUGCACGAGCGCGUGAACGACCUGCCCGACGCGAACUACGCGACGCUCAAGUUCUUCCUCGGCCACCUAUCCCGCAUAACCGCCCACGCAUCCGAGAACCAAAUGUCCGUCUCGAACCUCUCCAUCGUCUUCGGGCCCACGCUCUUCGGCUCGCCGGCGGGAGGAGGCGGCGGCGGGAACUUGGUACUGCAGAACAAGGCGAUCGAGACGAUAUUGGAGCAUUACGCGGAUAUAUUUAUCGAUGAGGGCGAGGGCGAGCAGCCGGGACCGAACGUGCCGGGCGGCGCAUAG